AGUUGAGAGCCAAGCUUCUCUCACAUGAGUGAGGCAAAGAGAAAGUGUGUGUGAGUGUGUGUGUAUGCCGAGCAGAGUUACACACACAUCGACACAAGAGAACAGAGAAAACACUGGCACAGGUUCAGACCGCAGCUGAGUACGCUGAGAUUUAAGAGCAAUCCAGACCUUCUUUAUCAUCUCCAUCAGCAGUAGCACCAGCAGAGGCAGCAGCAGCCUAGGCGUCUUCAUCAUCUGAAUUGAAUCAUGGCUGCACUCUUUGAGCUGCAUUAUUCUUCUUAGCACACACUAAGUGGUGGAAAAAUCUGAAGAACAGGAGGGGCAUCAUGAUCUCUCACUACCCCCUGGCAUCUCUUCUGCCCUGGCCACCGUUGCCCCUCUGCCUGGAGCUGCACACUGACGGAGGAGUGGCACUGCAGAGAUACCAACCACGAUCGCCCGACAGCAGUCCUCGACACUGGAGCUCAGUGCAGGACUGGGGUGAGGAGGUGGAGGAGGGGGCCGUUUACGGUGUCACACUCAAGAGGGUCCAAAUCCAACAGGCGGCCAACAAAGGGGCUAGAUGGCUGGGGGUGGAGGGCGAUCGGUUGCCCCCGGGUCACACUGUCAGCCAGUUAGAGACGUGUAAGAUCCGUAGUAUUCGCGCGGGAACGCUGGAGCGGCUGGUGGAGACUCUGCUCACAGCGUUUGGAGAUAAUGAUCUCACCUACACCAGCAUCUUCCUGUCGACCUACAGAGCCUUCGCCAGCACACACAGCGUCCUGCAGCUGCUGCUCGACAGGUACGGACACAUGGAGGACGGCGAUGGAGAGAGCAGUCCGAGCCUGUUCGGGGAAAAUCAAGGAGCUGUGAGAACGGCGUUAGCGUCCAUCCUGAGGGCAUGGUUAGAUCAGUGUCCUGAAGACUUCCAGGAGCCACCGUCGUACCCGAGUCUGCACAGGGUUUUAGCGUUUCUGAAGAAGGCCAUGCCGGAUUCCGAGCCGACCCGAAGAGCACAGAGCCUCCUGGAGCAGCUACAGAGCCAUUUCAAUGGCGAGAGCGAAACAGACGGUGGUUUCCAUGGUAACAGCCCUUUCUGCCUGGGCGAGGAUGAGGAAGUGGAGAUUGAGGUUCAGGAGGACUUCCUGUCCUUUAGUGCCGACCUGGUGGCUGAGCAGCUAACCUACAUGGAUGCUCUGCUCUUUAAGAAGGUGGUUCCUCACCACUGUCUGGGUUCCGUUUGGUCUCAGAGAGAUAAGAAGGAGAACAAACAGGCGGCUCCCACCGUCAGGGCCACCAUCACCCAGUUUAACGCCGUGGCAGGCUGUGUGCUGAGCACCGUGCUCCACCCAAGACACCUCCGACCACACCUACGAGCGCGGAUCCUCCAGCGCUGGAUCGAUAUCGCACAGGAGUGUCGCAUUCGUAAGAAUUUCUCGUCCCUGAAAGCCAUCGUCUCGGCCCUGCAGUCCAACCCGAUUUACCGUCUGAAGAGAGCGUGGGCCUGCGUACACAAAGACAGCAUGCAAGUGUUUGAGGAGCUCUCGGACAUUUUCUCCGAUCACAACAAUUACCUGACGAGCCGAGAGCUGCUCAUGAGGGAGGGAACGUCGAAGUUUGCCAGUCUGGAGAGCUGCGCCAAGGAGCACCAGAAACGCUCACAGAAGAGACUGCAGCUGCAGAAAGAGACGGGAGCCAUGCAGGGCACAAUUCCAUACCUGGGAACUUUUUUGACAGAUCUAACCAUGCUGGACACGGCACUUCCUGAUCUGGUCGAGGGCGGCCUGAUCAACUUCGACAAGAGGAGGAGGGAAUUUGAGGUCAUUGCUCAGAUCAAGCUGCUGCAGUCCGCAUGUAACAGUUACUGCCUCAGUCCAGACCCAACUUUCCUGCGCUGGUUCAAGAAUCAACCCCAACACACUGAGGAAGAGAGCUACGGUCUGUCCUGUGAGAUCGAAGGACUGGGAGACAGCAGUCCAACAUCACCGAAGUCCCGCACCAGUAUGGUGAAAAGACUGAGCCUGCUUUUCCUGGGCAUGGACUCCAUGUCUAGCACAGCCACAAAUUCUCCUGUGAGAGAAACGCCGAGGUCGCCCCCUGCUGGUAGCUCAGGAGAGAGCAUGGACUCGGUCAGCGUGUCCUCCAGCGACUCUGCUCCUUCAGACAGCGAGGGCAUGACACCCACACACACACUCCACUCCCAACUGAACAAGAUGUCAGAGUCUUCUUCCUGCACGUCCCUGCACUCCAUGGACACGUCCUCGUCCUCAGCUAGCGGUUCUGCGGCGCUGUGCUCUCACCACCGCUGCGCGUCACAGACGCCAUCUCCGACCUGUCCGGUAUCGCCCACGUAUAACACACAGACACAGGACGCCUGCAUCAUUCGCGUCAGCCUGGAGCAUGGCAACGGAAACCUCUACAAAAGCAUCAUGUUAACGAGUCAGGACAAAACCCGGGCGGUGAUCAGCAGAGCCAUGAGUAAACACAACCUGGACCAGGAACAGCUUGAGGCCUACGAGCUCGUACAGGUCAUAUCCAAUGAGAGAGAGUUGGUGAUCCCUGACAACGCCAAUGUGUUUUACGCCAUGAACACGUCGGCCAACUUCAACUUCGUCCUGCGCGCUCGCGGCUCUGAAGGACGGCCAGUGCAACUUCGCUCACGCUGCAGCUCCACGUUACCACGCACACAACCACGCACCAGCCUGUCCCUCAGGCUCAGCAAGGUCACACUCUGACCUCAGCCUGUGUGUGUGUGUGUGUGUGUGUAACCAUGUAGAUAUACAGUAUCUAUGUCUCUCUCGCAUGUCGCCUGUUUUAAGUGCAAUGCUCUUUCAGUAUUUCAGACAUUCAUGUAUUCUCGGUUGCAUCCUGUCCGGCGCGAGCGGAUCAAGUGGCCUGGUGGAGUUUAUAAAACUUCAAAACAUUCUAAAUGGAUUGAAAAAACUCUCUCGUUCUUUAUCAGUAUUUUGCUCUUACUGAGCGUCUCUCUGCCUUUACUCAUGAGGAUGACGAUGAGGAUGAUGGGAUGCUCAUGUCAGUAUUGGAAGUGAUUGACAGGACCUGUGAUGUCAUCGCCAUCGCGUCCGUCGUCACCUCAGGUGCACUUAAGCGUCUGCCUGUUUCUCCUCGGCUCCCCCUGCAGGCUCCGGCGUCGGGAGGCGCAUGACGAACCGAGCGCGUUCCGAACGCUUCCCGAUCGUCUCGGCUUCACCGAUAUGACGGCUCUCGGGAUUCUCGCCCCGAGCUGAGCUCUGAUUGGUUGCACUUUUUAGUGGGAGAAUGGAAGCUAAGAAUUGUUUAAAAAAUGAUUCAAAAUUGUAUUAUUGUAUUUCAGUCUUUCAUGUUAAUAAACUCAAUGCUAGGAAAAGAUGA